AUGGCCCUUCAGAAUCAAACCCACGUCUCAGAAUUCUUCCUGCUGGGACUUUCAGAAGAACAGGAUCAACAAUCUCUAAUUUUUGGGCUCUUCCUGACCAUGUACCUGGUCACGGUGCUGGGGAACCUGCUUAUCAUCCUGACCGUGAUCACCGACGCCCACCUCCAUACGCCCAUGUACUUCUUUCUCACCAACCUGUCCCUGGCUGACAUCGGGUUCAGCACUACCACUGUCCCCAAGAUGUUGGCCAACAUCCACGCCAACAGUCAGACCAUCUCCUACGCGGGAUGCCUGACCCAAGUGUCCUUCUUUUUCUUUUUCGGCUGUUUGGACAGCCUGCUUCUGGCUGUCAUGGCUUAUGACCGCCUGGUGGCCAUCUGUCACCCCCUGCACUACCCAGUCAUAAUGAGUCCCCGCCUCUGUGGUCUGCUGGUCCUCUUGUCCCUUCUCAUCAGCCUUCUGGAUUCUCAGGUGCACUGCGUGAUGGUGUCACAGCUCACCUUCUGCGCCCGGGUACACAUCCCUCACUUCUUCUGUGAUGUCCCCCAGCUCAUCAAACUGGCCUGCUCUGACACAACUACCUUUAGCAUUGUCAUCUUUCUGGUGGGGACCAUUUCCGGUUUUCUCCCCAUCUCAGGAAUUGUUUUCUCUUACUCGAAAAUCGUGGCGUCUAUCUUAAGAGUCCCAUCUCCUGGCGGGAGAGUCAAGGCCUUCUCCACUUGUGGGUCUCACCUCUCUGUGGUUUGCUUGUUCUAUGGGACAGGCCUUGGGGUGUACCUCAGCUCUGCUUUCUCCUCUUCCCCGAGAAAGGACACGGUGGUCUCCGUUAUGUAUACCGUGGUGACCCCUAUGCUUAACCCUUUUAUCUACAGCCUAAGGAACAGGGACAUCAAGAAUGCUCUGUGCAGGAUGAUCGGCAAAGUGACUCAUUCUCAGUAG